AUGGACGACCUUUACGACGAAUUCGGAAACUACAUAGGAGGGGCGGAGGAGUCGGAGGAGGAAUAUAGAGAAGGCAAUGUUCGCGCUGACCCUUAUGCCUAUGAUCUCGAGUCAGAGGAGGGAGAAGCUGGGGAGCGCGUUGCUCAUGACCAACAACUGAUGGAGAUAGACGAGCAAGGUCCUUCGAAUGCGGUAAUCCUACAUGAAGAUAAACAAUAUUACCCAACUGCCCAGCAGGUGUAUGGCGAAGGAGUGGAAACUCUCGUUGAGGAAGAGGAUGCACAACCGUUGACCCAACCCAUCAUCGCUCCUGUCGAACAGAAGAAAUUUGCUGUUCAAGAAGCGGACCUCCCCCCCGUCUUUUAUUCCCGUGAAUUCAUGACAGAUCUCCUAAACUUCCCCGACCAAACCAGAAAUAUAGCUCUCGCGGGUCAUCUACAUCAUGGAAAAACUGCUUUUAUGGAUACCCUGGUUAUGCAGACGCAUGAUCUAUCAGAGAGGCUAGAUAAGAGGAUCGGGAAAAGGAAGGAUGAGCAACUACGUUAUACAGAUGUCCAUUUCGUCGAGCGGGAGCGGGGGUUAUCGAUAAAAUCUGCGCCCAUGAGCUUGGUCCUACAAGGCACAAGGGGGAAAUCGCACCUUUUUAACAUCAUUGAUACACCUGGACAUGUAAACUUUGUUGAUGAAGUUGCGGCAGCGUUCCGAUUGGUGGACGGUGUCGUUUUGAUAGUCGACGUUGUUGAGGGUGUCCAGAUCAACACAGAGCAGAUCAUCAAAUAUGCUGUCCUGGAAGAUUUGCCUCUCACGCUGGUUGUGAACAAGAUGGAUCGACUCAUCCUCGAGCUCAAACUCCCUCCUACAGACGCCUAUUUUAAAUUGAAACAUGUCGUGGAGGAAGUGAACACUGUCAUUGAACGGACGUUACCAGGACAGGGUGAAAAGAGAAGAUUGAGUCCAGAGAAAGGGAAUGUUGCUUUUGCCUGCACCAGCAUGAAUUGGUGCUUUACGCUGCAGUCAUUUGCGAAAAUGUACGCGGAUACCUACAAGGGCAUUGAUAUUGCAGAAUUUGGCGUUCGCCUCUGGGGUGACAUCUUCUUUAAUCCGAAGAGCAGGAAAUUUACCCGCAAGGGGGUUGAAGAGCGAUCGAAGCGGACAUUUGUGCAUUUUGUUUUGGAGCCCAUAUACAAGAUUUUUUCGCAAACCAUUUCUGAGAGCCCGGAAGACCUGAAAGCGACGUUAGCGACGCUAGGGAUAUUUCUGAAGCCUUCUCAACUAAAAUCGGAUGCGAUAGUACUUCUAAAACUUGUUUGUGAACAGUUCUUUGGGCCUGUAGACGGCUUCGUUGACAUGGCGGUUCAGCAUAUUCCCUCCCCCAAGGAGGCAGCAACGACAAAACUCGAAAAAUACUACACUGGGCCUUUGGAUACAAAAGUGGCAGCUUCGAUGUUAGCAUGCGACCAAGAUGGACCUUUGGUGAUCCAGGUAACAAAAUUAUACAGCACUCCUGAUGCAUCCAAGUUUAACGCCUUUGGCAGAGUCAUGAGCGGCAUCGCUCGCCCAGGGCAGCAGGUGCGGGUAUUGGGAGAGGGCUACACCAUCGACGACGAGGAAGAUAUGGCCAUUGCCACAAUAUCUGAUACUUGGAUUGCAGAGACCCGAUACAACAUCCCUACCAGCGGUGUGUCUGCUGGAAACUGGGUCCUACUGUCCGGUGUUGAUAACUCCAUUGUUAAGACUGCCACUCUGGUCCCGUUGAAGCUUGAAGACGAUGAGGACGCGUAUAUCUUCAAGCCAAUUAAACACUUGACCGAAUCUGUUUUCAAAGUUGCUGUUGAACCCAUCAACCCGUCAGAACUCCCAAAAAUGCUUGAGGGUCUUCGGAAAGUUAACAAGAGCUAUCCACUCAUAUCUACCAAAGUCGAAGAAUCAGGCGAGCAUAUUGUUCUAGGAACUGGAGAACUAUACAUGGAUUGCGUACUGCACGACCUCCGCCGUUUAUAUGCAGAAAUGGAACUCAAGGUCUCUGACCCAGCAACGAGAUUCUGCGAAACUGUGGUUGAAACAUCGGCCAUAAUGUGCUACGCUAUGACGCCCAACAAGAAAAAUAAAAUCACAAUGAUCGCAGAGCCACUGGACGAUGGAAUUGCGGAAGACAUCGAAAGUGGACGAGUCAAAAUACGAGAUCCCAUCCGAAAAGUCGCCCAGUUCUUCGAACAGAAAUACGAAUGGGAUAAACUAGCCGCGCGAAGCAUUUGGGCCUUUGGACCCGAUGAGAUGGGUCCGAAUAUCCUCCAGGAUGACACUUUACCAUCUCAAGUAGAUAAAAAGCUAUUAGGAACCGUGCGAGACUCUAUACGCCAGGGUUUCAGCUGGGGAACUCGUGAAGGACCCCUAUGCGAAGAACCAAUCCGCAACACCAAAUUCAAACUCACUGACAUCUCCCUGGCCGAGCAAGCUAUCUUCCGUGGUGGUGGCCAAAUAAUCCCCACAGCCCGACGAGCUGUCUACUCCUCUUUCCUCAUGGCCUCCCCACGCCUCAUGGAACCAAUCUACACCUGCUCCAUGACUGGCCCCGCCGACUCCGUGGCCGCAAUCUACACCGUCCUCUCCCGGCGGCGCGGGCACGUACUCUCCGAUGGUCCCAUAGCGGGCACACCGCUGUAUGCUGUCCGCGGCCUGAUCCCCGUAAUCGACUCUUUUGGCUUUGAAACGGACCUGCGCAUCCAUACGCAGGGACAGGCGACAGUGAGUCUUGUGUUUGAUAAGUGGAGUGUUGUCCCUGGUGAUCCGCUAGAUAGGGAUGUUAAGUUGAGACCGUUGGAUAUGGCGAGCGCGAUGGCGACAGCGAGGGACUUUGUGCUGAAAACUAGGAGGCGGAAGGGUUUGGCGGAGGAUGUGAGUGUUAGCAAAUUCCUGGAUCCGGAGCUUUGGAAGGGGUUGAGGGAAAGUGGGGUUUUGGGGGAAGGAUAG